CCCCAGGCCUAUGGCACGCAUCCCCGGUCCCGGGCCGACGGUUGGCCUGGCCUGGCUCGAUGCAGGUCUACAGGCUGGCGCUCCACCUGGAGAGGUGGACACCGCGCGGCCACCCUUCGCGCCCGCAGCGGGCCAUACUCGCGCAUGCAGAUCGCAGGGGCCGUCCGCGGCACUCCUCCUGUACAGCGUGCCGCCACGACCACCAGGGCAGGCCAUCACAGCCACCGAGGGGGACACGGGAAGCGCUCGGCCCCGAACGGGGAGGAGCGAGAAGGAUGGGGAGGAAAGAGGGGAGGAGGAGGAGGAGAAGGAGGAGGAGGAGGAUAAAGAGGAAGGUCACCAUGGCCACAAAAUAGAUCGGCUGCAGCGCACGAAUCUCGAGCGCUGCCUCCAGAGCUGGAGGAGUUAGGCGAGCCAAGCAGAGAUGAAUGGCUAGGGCUGACAACUCCUUGGGCCAGGAGGGACGGGUCAGCCCUGCGAGCGCGCCCGCGCGCUGCGGCGCAGGGGCCCGCAGCCUUGAAAGCGAAUAACAGCCGACCGGGGCGGGGCGGGGCCGCGGGACGGGGCAGCCAGCGCCGCGGGGACAGCAAGACUCGCCCGCCAGCGGGCCCGGGGCCUCACACGGGAGCUGGCGGCAGCGGAAUCGAAUCUCGGCCUGCCGCCGGGGCCGCGGGAUCCUACAGAGCGGGAGGCUGCCUCGCGCGCCGGGUGUUCCCGUGCGCCGAGGUGCGCGGGCCGACGGCCGACCGGUGCAGUGGCGGCGGGGGGCGCCGGCUGGCCGGGGCCCCCUGGUCGUCACGGGGAAAGCGGAGGGCGCGCCUGCGGCGCACCCUGGCGGAAAGAGAGGGGUCCUGGAGGGGACUGGGGCGGCUGCCCCUGCAGUGCCACCCUCACAGGGGGCGAGGAACCAGGCAGGGCCCGACCGGCGAGUGGGGGAAGCGUAGGCGGCCUCGGGCACCGAACGUGGUGACCUGCACUCGGAGCACGCAGGGAGCGGGGGGAAGCGGCACGCGACGAGCGGCCAGCGGCGGCAGGGCUCGUUGCAGGCCUGCCGCCGGGCGCCGGCUCACCCGCACC